AAGCCGAAAGACCGGACGUCUCUCGACCACGCCGGAUAUAGUCAGGAAAGCACCACUCUCGCGAGAACUACCGGCUCCGCCCACCCUCUGGGCGACGCCCUUAUCGCCAUGUUUCUUGUGGGCAGUUGCCUGAAACUAGCCGCUUGGAAGUCAGGUACCGCGGUGAGCUGGGGCUAGGGGUUCGGAAAGGGCGUUCAGGACGUUUAGCUCAGGGAGCAUCAGAGAAAAGGGAGCUUCUGAGAUCCUGGACCCUGCUGAUCCCUAUGUUCCCUUAUCUAGAGAGUCACUUCGGGGUCCCAGGCACCCAAUCCCAUAGCCCCGCCCAUCCCUUGAGGGGACCGCAACCCCACUCCAAGACGUCAGUGUUUGGCAACUACAGUCCCCUUCUAACCUCUUGGUGAUGUGUGAAUUUUAGUUAUCCAAGUAAUCUACUCGGGUCUAAAUCCAGUCCAACUCUUAAUUCUGCGAUUCCUCGGUACCCAGAGUCUCAGACUUCGUGGUCCUGGUUUGCAUGACUUUUUGAGAUUGUGAGUUUCGGUCCCAGCUCCUGCGUCUGGGGACGAGACUUCAGCCCCGCUGGCCCGGUGCCGGGAGUCAGCGAUCCUGCGCCCAUGACCAAGCCCUCUGAGUGACCAGCCUGCCUUUGGGUCCACCCGAAGGUCCAAACGUCCAGGACCUCACCGUCCAUAUAGCCAGGUCCACCACUGCCCAGCUCGGCCAGGGAAGGAUGGGUGUGAUUCUCCCCAUCUGGGCUGCACAUCAGGGAAGGGAAUGAAUGAGGGAUGGACAUCGGAAGGCAAAUUGCAAAGAGCUGAUUGGGAGGGAUGGGAGCGCCACAGUCACUGGGGAAGAGGUGGGAGGGCUGAACAUCAGGAAGGGGGUGAAGGAGGGCCGGUCGUUUUAAGCACUGUCAUCAAGGAGUGGUCAGGGAAGCUAUUCCACACCCCUGCAGGCAGGUGGGUGACCUGCAUGCCCUGAGCAGGCUCUGCAGGCCUGGCAGCCUCUCCAGAUAGCCUAUGCCCCUGUGAGCUCUACGCAUCCUCCUAAGGACCUGUGUGUGUCUUCAACCACUUCUCUCUUCUCCCUAGUUUCUGUGGUAGUUAGUCCCUGAAUCAGCGUUUGUCACUUGUGCAGUGCUUUGUAGCUUCCAUUUAUUGAGCAUUCAUAUGGGCCAGGAUUGUGUUGUGGGCUUCACAUUCGUGAAACCAUUGGAUUCUCACAGAACCUAAUGUUACACUUUCCAGUUGAGGAAACAGGCUCAGAGGGGAACAGAAGUGACAAUUGAUGGGUGGCACAUCUUGGACUUAAACCAUGCUAGAUGGUAGUUUUUUAUCUCAUUAUUGUCAUUUAUCGAGGACACAUCAUUGCAGAUACCAGUAGGUCCUGGGCAGGCAGUGGGCACCUGGCUUCUGAUUUCAAGACGGUGUACUUAGUGUGUGCUAAGUUAUUUGAGUACCAAGGAGUUGGGCAAACUGCACAGGAUCAGGACUUGAAAGACGAGGGUUCCAGGGUGAUUUUGCUGCAAUUCAAGCUGUAUAACCAGAUCACUGAGCUUAAUGGUGUCAGUUUCUCAACUCGAAACACGGCUGUGGUGAGAAGCAAAUGGAAUAAUAACCAUGAGGAUGAGUCCUGAAAAUCACUCUGGAAAAAAGGAAGGAUGCCUCUUUUCUUCCGGAAGCGGAAACCCAGUGAAGAGGCUCGGAAACGCCUGGAGUACCAGAUGUGUCUGGCAAAAGAAGCAGGAGCAGAUGACAUUCUUGAUAUCUCUAAAUGUGAGCUCACAGAGAUUCCAUUUGGGGCUUUUGCAACAUGCAAAGUUCUCCAGAAGAAGGUGUUGAUUGUGCAUACAAACCAGCUCACCUCCCUGCUGCCCAAAUCCUGCAGCCUCCUGAGCCUGGCAACCAUCAAGGUCCUGGAUCUGCACGACAAUCAGCUGACAGCCCUCCCUGACAGCUUGGGGCAGCUGACCGCCCUGCAGGUGUUGAAUGUGGAAAGAAAUCUACUGACACAUCUCCCCAACUCCACUGGGAACCUGGCCCAGCUCCAGACCCUCAACGUGAAAGACAACAGGCUGAAGGAGCUGCCCGACACCCUGGGGGAGCUCCGAAGCCUGCGCACCCUCGACAUCAGCGAGAAUGGGGUUCAGAGGCUGCCGCAGAUGCUGGCUCACGUCCGGACGCUGGAGACGCUGAGCCUCGACACCUCGGCCAUGCUCUUCCCGCCGCAGGAGGUGUGUGCCGCCGGCACUGCGGCCAUUCAGCAGUUCCUCUGCAGAGAGUCUGGGCUGGAAUAUUACCCCCCUUCGCAGUACCUGCUGCCAGUUCUGGAGCAAGAUGGAGCUGACAGUGCCCGGGACGGGCCUGAUGGACCUGCAGACAGGUUCUCGAGGGAGGAGGCCCAGUGGCAGAACAGCUUCUCUGACUUCGAGAAGAGGAAGGAGCAGAAGAUGCUGGAGAAACUGGAGUUUGAGCGGCGCCUGGAGCUGGGGCAGCGAGAGCAUGCUCAGCUGCUGCGGCAGAGCCACAGCCAGAAGGACGAGGUCCUGCAGACGCUGCGGGAGGAGCGGUCUCGACUAGAGCAGGGGCUGAGCGCGCACCAGCGCUACCUGGACACCGAGCGGCAGCGGCUGCAGGAGCAGCUGAAGGAGACAGAGCAGAGCGUCGCCAGCCGGAUCCAGAAGCUGCUGCAGGAGAACCGAAGGCAGAAACAAAGUUCUGAGAUUCUGAAGUCAUUGGAAAAUGAACGAAUAAGAAUGGAACAGUUGAUGGCCAUAACCCAGGAGGAAACGGAGAACCUGCGUCGCAGGGAGAUCGCCUCCGCCAUGCAGCAGAUGCUGACCGAGAGCUGCAACAGCCGGCUCGUCCAGAUGGCCCACGAGGCGCAGCGGCAGAGCCUGGUCCAGCAGGCCUGUUCCAGCAUGGCUGAGAUGGACGAGAGGUUCCAGCAGAUCCUGUCCUGGCAGCAGAUGGACCAGAGCAAAGCCAUCAGCCAGAUCCUGCAGGAGAGCUCGAUGCAGAAGGCAGCCUUCGAGGCCCUCCAGGUGAAGAAAGACCGGAUGCAUCGGCAGAUCAGGAACCAGAUUAGGUUAAUAGAAACUGAGUUAUUGCAGCUGACACAGCUGGAGUUAAAGAGGAAGUCCCUGGACACUGAGGCGCUGCAGGAGGUGAUCGCUGAGCAGCGCUGGGUGCUCAGCGUCCUGCUCCAGCAGCUGCUCAAAGAGAAGAAGCAGCGGGAGGAGGAACUUCGGGAACUCCUGACGGAGUUGGAAGCCAAAAGUGAGACCAAGCAGGAAAACUACUGGCUCAUUCAGUAUCAGCGGCUCUUGGACCAGAAGCCAUUGUCCUUGAGGCUGCAGGAAGAGGGCAUGGAGCGCCAGCUGGUGGCCCUGCUGGUGGAGCUGUCAGCCGAGCACUACUUGCCUGUCUUCGCCCACCACCGCAUCUCACUGGGGAUGCUGAGCCAGAUGAGCCCCAGGGACCUGGCCAAGGUGGUGGGCGUCUCGGAGGCUGGUCUGCAGCACGAGAUCCUCAGGAGAGCCCGGGAGCUGCAGGACGAGGCCAGGGCCCAGCCAGAGCUGAAACCACCCAAGGGGGAGGUCCUCGAGGCCCUGGAGCCACCCACAGUGCCCGUGAGGCCGUCUGCGCCCCCCGAGGAGGACCGAGAGCUGCCCGUCUCGGAGUGCGUCGUGUGCCUGGAGCGGGAGGCCCAGACCGUCUUCCUCCCCUGUGGCCACGUCUGCUGCUGCCAGCAGUGCUGCCAGCCCCUGCGCACCUGCCCACUGUGCCGCCAGGACAUCGAGCAGAGCCUCCGGAUCUACCACAGCAGCUGAGCACAGCACCCGAGGCUCCCCGGGGUGGCUCGCGGGGCAUCUCUCUGCCACGCACCUCUGGGCCACGCGGGGGCGCUCCGAGAACUGGGCAGGGAGGUGGGCGGCUUGUAGCAGCGGAGGCAGAGUCCAGGUGUGGAGUGUGCCCGCGUCCCUGGCAUGGGGUAGGGGCGCACCUGGGGAGGGGCACCUGCGCGGGCCUGUGCCCCAGCCUCCCGCGCUGCUCCCACUCUGCACAUCUGUGCUCCUCCCCCACACAGCUGGACCCAGAGCAGGAACAUCAAUAAAUCUAUCUACGUGCUCCGUC